CUCGUCUCGGUUAGUAGUCUGCUGAUUAGCAACAAACAGAAGGUUACGAGUUUAGAAAAAUAGAGAAUUUGACCGACAUACUGGCUUUGCGGCACCGAGAGAGCUACUAACUAAGUCGGGUGUCUAACCGGAGCUUGUUGGGUCGCUUUUGAGGAGAUUGGAUCUUGUGAUUUUGAACAUUUCUGACUGAUAGCGGAGACAACCUCGCUUUUAGGUCGUUGGUUCAAGUGGCGAUGCUGAGCUGAUAGCUGCGUCAUCAUGUUGCUUCCGACUCGAGUUGGCGAAAAGAAAUCUCAAGUUAACGUCGGAGGUGAGGCUGCCCGCCGCCAUCCAUCCCCGGAGGGCCACUCCCGACCCCUGAGACAGAUGGAGACGGGCUGCUGGUGAGCGUUUCGCGGGGAUCGCCUGUUCAUGGGGUCGCUGUGAAACUGGUGACUUUACAUCCCUUGUCUCGGGGCUGUUGGCGCGAUACUCUCCUGGCUGCAUGUAUUAUCUACACUCGGAUGGACAGUCUAACCUGUAUAUUGUUGUAGCGUAGAUUUGACCAAAUGCUUCCCCAAAAGAAAGUAUUUUGAUGUUUUAGGGAUGUUAGCCACAACUGUUUGGAUAGUGAGAAGUGAUGACAGCUAGUGAAAUGCCCAUCUUCUUCUUCUUUGGAAAAGCAAGCUUUUGUAUAAGCCAUAAUGAGACGUUGCGGUUCAUUUAAGCUAAUAGGCUAGUUUGUAUCCGUCCACUAGGGUUUGUCAGACUAUUAGCAGGGUGUCAAAGACUGUUUCUUCUGUAUUUAUUGUUAAAAACGGUGCUCUGUUGUCUGCUGUCACCGUAUCCACGUGGACUGUGUUUCAGGUUGGUGGGUAAAGUUAGGCUUUCAGUCCCCCGCUGGGACUGAUUACUUCAGAGGGAGCAGCUGUGGUGCUUCUCAGCCAAAGACACAAAGUUACAUUUUUACAACAGAAUAUUAAAACAAUUGAUAAAAUGGCCGGCGACUGCACCCACAUGAAGGCUCACUACAAGAAGGCAGAGACGUUUUGUCCGUCCAAACCCUGGUCAGAUGAAGACGGAGACAGGGGGAUGCAGGCAGCCGGGAACAUGAAAGGGCGUGGACUUCCCGCACGGUGGUCGCCCAACUUUGAGACGAUAGACGGGCUGUUGUACCGCAAGAAGCUGGAGAAGGGCUUCUUCAACUACCGUGAGGUCUUGGAGGAGGACCGGAGACAAGAGGCCCUCUUCACCUUUCACCGGCGGCGCCUCGGACAGCCCCACCUGUCCCUGGAGGAGACUUACAAAUGUGUGGCUGAAAACUACUGGUGGGAAGGGAUGUACUUCCAGAUCAGAGAUUUUGUCCUGGGCUGUCAAGAGUGUCAGAGCCAGCACACCAAGAAACCUAAGGGGCUGGGUGGCAGAGGAUGUGUCACCAAGACGAUGGUGUCACACAGCGCUGACAUGCUGAGCAAGCUGAGGAAUCAGCGGGAGGCCGGGCUUUUCUGUGACAUUACACUGCGGACCAACGGACAAUCCUACUCUGCCCAUAGAGCUGUCCUGGCAGCCGUCAGCGAUCACUUCCAGGAAAUCUUCACAGAAAUGGACUCCAGCAUGAAAUCAGACGUAGAUCUCACCGGCUUCAGUGAGGACAGCCUCCUGUCUCUGCUGGAUUUCUCCUACUCCUCCACUCUGUCUGUCCGCCCGGAGGACCUUCCUGAAGUUAUCGCCAUGGCCCGCCACCUGGGCAUGUGGCCUGCUGUGGAAGCCUGCUCGGCCCUCAUGAGAGAGCAAGACCAAAAACUCCAUCCCGGCAAGGACUUUACCUCAGCUUGUGCCUGUGCCGGCGCCUGUCAUGAGCAUCACCGCCAGCAGAGGGUAGGCAAAAGGAAAAGGGUUUCGGAUUUCGAGGACAGUAUGAACAACUGCUUCAGUCUGAGGCUGGAUUCAUCAAAUGGGUCAUUAGAAGAAAGUCCAAGGCACAAUUUGCGCAGGACACCAAAAGCCCAAUGCCAUAAUGGUCUCCCUCUGAGCCCCUCACACAGGAUGAAGCUCAUGGACUUCAAAUCUCCCUCUUCCAAGAAAGCUGCCACCCCUCGACACACUACAUCCACCCCACAGUCGCAGAAUUACUCGCGCAUAUCACCAUCAAACACCCGUCUUCUCCGCUCCACUCCUGGGGCUGCCAAAAAGGUUCAGAGAUUGCUACCCAUGCCAGAGAGCCCUCGAAAAAACAAAAAAAUCUCCCUCUCCCAAACAGCAUUCCCGCACCUCGAUGUCAAGGGCUUCAAAGGUCACUGUGUGCAGCCCUGUGAGGAUAAAGCAGGAAGUGGAGGAGGUUGGAGAGGAUGAACAGGAUUAUGCAAGAGCACAGGAGAAGUACCAUCUGAUGAAUGUUCUCGGGUUACAGAGGACCGCCCUCCUCCCAAGACCAGAAGAUCUGAUUGGCUGGAGGCAGAAGAAACGAUUAAGAAAGCUGAAGGCUAACAACUAUUCGCUGACAAAGCGUAGGAAACCACGCCCUGCCUCCCCAGGACUGCCAUUUGGGGCUGUGACGCUGUCGCUGCCCCUCUGUAACCCUGUUAACACUCAUCUUCUUAGCAGGUCAGCAAAGACCAAGCCUUUGGGUCCAAUCAUCACCGUGCAGA